AUGAAUGCUACCUAUUAUCACAUAGACUUAUCGUUCUUUCCAUACGAACUUCACUGUGUUAAGGACGAAUCAAUAAUUGCCACGAUUUCUGCGUCCGGAAAUUCGAGGAAAGUUCAAAUCGAUUUAGAUGAAACAUUUGGCAAUCUCAUGUCUCAAGAAGAUAAAGAACGAACCAAAAAAGCCGAUGCUGGGGAUGAAAAUGAAUUUGACAAAUACGUAGAUAUGGAACAGCUUCUUCAAGAAGAAGAUGAAUACGCAGAUGCAAAUGACUAUGUUGAAAGUUACUUUGAUAACGGCGAAGGUGAUGACUUGGAUGAUGAUGGAG